AUGACUUUUUCAAGAUCACACUUUCAAGGAACUCAUGACAGUGAAGCCGGUCCAAGUAGAAUUACACAUGUUAAUGAUGUUGCACCUGAUCGUAAUUGUACAUCCCCUAAUCAACAAAACAUCACGAGUCAAUCCGAUACAGAUGAUAUGGAUGUUGACGAAGCUUUAGAGGAUGCAGUAAUAUCAUAUGUUAACAUGGAUGUCAGAGAAAAUGGUGCAUUAUCACGUCGUCCUCAAGAAUCAGGACAUGCUUUUCGAGCAAAGCACAAUAUUGCUCGAAAUUUCAAAAAUAAUAUGAUGAUGGCAAAAGCCCGGUUGCCUCAUCCAUUUACCUGUAGACACUGCAAUGCAAGAUUGUUUCAUCAUGAAUCACGUGAUACGUGUUGUAAUGGUGGAAAUAUAUCAUUCUCACGAGUUGAUGCUCCUAUAGUAUUGCAACAAUUAUUUUUGGAUAGUUCAGCUGAAGGAAAACAUUUUAGGCAACAUAUUCGAAGUUAUAACCAUGUGGUUUCAUUCACUUCAAUUGGUGUUCAUGUUGAUGAGAAUAUUCUUGCAUCUGGUCGUGGUAUAUACACAUUUCGUGCUCAAGGUGCUUUUUACCAUAACAUAGGAGGUUUCUAUCCAAAUGAGGGUGUCAGACCGCGUUUCUUACAACUAUACAUCUACGACACCGAUAACGAGCUACAUAAUAGAAUGCAGGAAAAUCCACGGCUGCACCAAAAUAUAGUUCACAAAUUACAGAAAAUGCUCCAUCAGUUUAAUCCUUUUGUAAUUAGGUUCAAGCAACUUUCAAUACUUCCAAAUAUCAGUGAAUGUAGCCUCAUACUUAAAGAGCGUCCACGUAAUCACCAUCAAUACAAUCUUCCAACUGCUGAACAAGUUGCGGCAAUUAUUGUUGGAUGUGAUGCAGAUUCGAUGGAUUAUGGAAGGGAUAUUAAUGUCAUUCGUUGUGAUGGAAAUCUCAAGAAAGUUCAAGAGACAAAGGGAUAUUAUGAUCCUUUGCAAUACCCUAUUCGCCCAAAUGAUCAAUCAAUGUUGUUAAAUGCGGGUCGACUGUUGCAACAAUAUGUUGUAGACAAUUAUGUCAAAAUUGAAUCAGGAAGAUUAAGGUGGAAUAAAGAGCACCAAAGUGAUAUACGUUCUGAAUUGUACCAAGGUUUACAUGAUGCUUUGCAUGUUGGUGAAACUAAUGCAGAGAACAUUGGAAAAAUAACAAUAUUGCCAUCAUCAUUUAUUGGCAGUCGUCGAGACAUGACACAACGUUAUGAAGAUGACAUGGCUAUUGUUCUUAAUGGCGGUAAACCAGAUAUUUUUCUAACAAUGACAUGCAAUCCUUCUUGGAGUGAGAUAACAUCAGAACUUUUGCCUUUUCAAACACCACAAGAUCGUCCAGAUUUGCUAACAAGAAUAUUUCGUUCGAAAUUUGAGAAAUUGAAGGAUGAUGUUAUUAAUAAAGGAGUCUUGGGUAAAGUUAAAAGCUACAUGUAUGUCACUGAAUUUCAAAAGCGAGGACUGCCGCAUGUGCAUAUGUUAUUGGUCUUAGAAAGUAACGAUAAGUUGCGUGACCCAAAAGAUUAUGAUAGUAUGGUAAGAGCAGAAAUACCUAAAUUAGAAUGUGAACCACAGUUGCAUGAAGCUGUUGUAAGACAUAUGAUCCACGGACCUUGCGGCAUAAUCAACCGAAAGUCUCCAUGUAUGAAAGACGGACAUUGUAAAAAAAGGUAUCCCAAACAGUUCUUGGAUGAAACACGUCAAGGCACUGACUCAUAUCCCGAGUAUAGGAGAAGGUUUGAUGAGUCUGUAUCGUUAGGUAGAGAUAAGUCUGUCGAUAAUAGAUGGGUGGUUCCUUAUAACCCUUGGUUACUGUUAAAGUAUGACUGUCACAUCAAUGUAGAGAUUUGCAGUAGCAUUAAAAGUAUCAAGUAUCUAUACAAAUAUGUGUACAAGGGCCCUGAUCGUGUGGCUAUGGAGGUUCAUAAAGGAUCAUACAUGGAUGAAGUUCAGCAAUAUGUUGAUGCAAGAUGGAUUUGUGCUCCCGAGGCAUUAUGGAAAAUAUUUCGAUUCACUCUUUACCGAUUAUAUCCUUCGGUUGAAAGAUUGCAGAUCCACUUGCCGAACCGCCAUCAAGUGCGCUUUUAUGAUCAUCAGCAAAUUGCAGAUGUGUUAAAUAAUGAACGCAACUCCAAAACAAUGCUCACACAAUUCUUUGCAUUGAAUCUACGAGAUCCACAAGCAAGAAAGUAUUUGUAUAGAGAGAUUCCAGAGCAUUAUUGUUGGAACAAGCGGGAUAUGGAAUGGCAUCGUAGGCGAUCAACAAGAAAAGUUAUCGGGAGAAUCUAUACGGUAUCACCUUCGGAGGGAGAUAAGUUUUACUUGCGACUGUUGUUAUCGCAUGUCAUAGGUCCAACCAGUUGGGAAUAUCUUCUUACAAAUAAUGGCAUGACUUUCAGUACAUUCAAAAAAUCAGCCGAGGAUAGGGGAUUUCUAGAGACUGAUCAUAGUAUUCGUGAUUGUUUGGUUGAGGCUACGAGUCUCCGAAUGCCAUAUGCUUUACGAAGGUUAUUCGUGACGAUUUUAAUAUUUUGUGAACCUACUGAUGUUAGAGGCCUUUGGAAUGAGUUUUUUACACAUAUGGUAGAGGAUUAUCAAACAGCUAACAAUGUUGUGGAGUCAAACUUAACUAAUAUGUUGUUGAAGAACUUGAAUGAACUCUUAAACCUGCACGGUAAAAAGAUUGAUGAUUAUGAUCUCCCAUCUUUACCCCCUAAUACAAUAGACAGAGGUGCAGUUCCAAGUAUCAUACAAGAGGAGUUAGCGAUCGAUAUCCCCAAUGAAGAUAUUGAAUUUAUUGCUAAGUUAAAUAAUGAUCAAAUGAUUGCAUUCAACACCAUUAUGAAUGUAAUUGUUCAAAAACACAGUGGGGUAUUUUUUGUUGAUGGUCCAGGAGGAACAGGUAAAACAUUCCUUUAUAGAACAUUAAUGGCAAGUUUAAGAAGUAAAGGAGAAAUUGUCUUAGCAACUGCAUCAUCUGGUAUAGCUGCAACAUUGUUACCCGGUGGUAGGACUGCACACUCUCGAUUUAAGAUACCUAUUGAUAUUCAACCGAGUUCCAUUUGUGGUAUUGAAAAGCAAAAGGAUCUUGCAAAUCUCAUUAGAGUUGCUGCCGCAAUAAUUUGGGAUGAAGCACCAAUGACAAACAAAAAUUGUUUGGAAGCCUUAGAUCGAUCAUUACAAGACAUUUGUAGCAACAGUGCUCCAUUUGGUGGAAAAGUUCUGAUCAUGGGGGGGAUUUUCGUCAAGUUCUUCCUGUUGUAA